AUGGAUAUUCUCGGACCAUUUCCAGAGGCAACUGGAGGAAAACAAUUCGUGGUGGUAGCAGUUGAUUAUUUCACCCAAUGGGUAGAAGCAGAAGCAUUAGCAACAAUCUCUGUGGCUAAUGUGUGGAAGAUUUUUCAUCAUUCGAUCAUUUAUAGAUUUGGAAUUCUGAGAACCCUUAUCACAGAUAAUGAGAAGCAAUUUGAACAGAAAUUUAAAGAGUUUAGUGAUCGGUUCAAGAUUCAGUUGUGCAAGACUUCAGUAGCACAUCCACAAUCCAAUGGCCUAGCAGAAGCUAUGAACAAAGUCCUAUUGGAUGGAAUAAUAAAGAAGUAG